AUGGUGGGAUGGCCGCCGGAGGGGACUUUCCACCUGCCCCUCAUCCUAGCGGUUAAGAACAUCAUCUUCAGCCCCGGACAAAGGGGCCACCCUGAUCAGGUCGCUUACACCUUGGUAUGGCAGGACCUCAGGGAGGAACCCCCACCGUGGGUGAAACCCUUUCUUCCCCCUUCUGACUCCUCUAUACCAAAACUCUUAGCUCUGAAAGGACCUCCCGCUUCCGCUCCGGCUCCGGUCCUGCCCGAGUCUCAGCCUGAUCUACCUUUGCUCGACUAUGACCAGCCUCCUCCCUCCCAGCUGACUCAACCUCCUCCGUACCCACUCUCUCCUCCAGCCUCCUCGUCCGGAUCGAGCACUCCUUCUCCUUCAGCACCCUCUUCACCUGAACCGAACCCCUCUUCUCCUCCGAUACCCACGUCCCCUCUGUAUCCCCCGCUCCCUACGAUGGCUUGCUCUGGGUCUACACCUCCGGGGCCCACGGGCACAGCCCAGAACACUCGGAGUAAGCUACGGCCUGAGGACCCAGUCGUUACCCUCCCUCUUCGCCCCUACGGGCCCAUGAUAGAUGACGGGUCAGAUGGAGGGCAGAUGCCCGCUUUACAGUACUGGCCUUUUUCUACCUCAGAUCUCUAUAACUGGAAAAACAAUAACCCUCCUUUCUCUGAUGAUCCGUCUAAGUUAACAGGUUUAAUGGAUUCUAUCAUGUUCUCCCACCAACCCACAUGGGAUGACUGCCAGCAGCUUCUAGGGGUCCUGUUCACCACCGAGGAGAGAGACCGCUUCCUUCUGGAAGCCCGGAAAGCUGUUCCCGGAGAAAAUGGCAGACCCACCCAGAGACCAGAACUGAUUGAUGAUUUCUUUCCCUUAAAACGCCCCAACUGGGACCCCAACUCACCUACCAGUAGGCAGCAUCUUUCUAUCUAUCGCCAGACUCUAAUGGUAGGUCUCCAGGCGGCCGCAAGGUGCCCCACUAAUUUGGCCAAGGUAAGGGAAGUUACCCAAGGGCCUACUGAGACUCCCUCAGUUUUUCUGGAACGCCUGAUGGAAGCUUACUGGCAGUACAUGCCUUUUAACCCUGAAGAAGAAGGCCGACAGGGCUCAAUAGCCAUGACCUUCAUAGGGCAAUCGGCUCCUGAUAUAAGACCUAAGCACCAAAGGCUAGAUGGUCUGCAAGACCUAACUCUGAGGGAUCUUGUUAAGGAAGCUGAAAAAGUCUACUAUAAACGGGAGACAGAAGAGGAAAAAGAGUUAGCUAGAGACAAGAGAUGAAACAAGGAAUUAGCUAAAAUGUUGGCCACAGUUAUUCAGGGAAAACCUGACAGGAAAGGGAAAGCCCACUCGCCCCCCCCAUUAGACCCUGACCAAUGUGCAUAUUGUAAGGAAAAAGGACACCUGAUCAAAGACUGUGAGAAAUUGAGAAACGAGCCAGAAAGGAACGAGAAAAACAAGGACUAGGGACUUCGGGGCUCGGACCCCCUCCCCGAGCUCAGGGUAAUGUUUAAAGUGGAGGGGACUCCCAUAGAAUUCGAGGUCGAUACUGGAGCUGUUUACUCGGCUCUUCAGGCCCCCUUAGGGGCCCUUUCAACUAAGAAAUCUCUAGUUCAAGGGGCUAACGGGAGCAAAUAUCGCUCGUGGACCACCAAGCGCACAGUUGACCUAGGCAAAGGAAAAGUAAAACACUCCUUCCUGGUUAUUCCUGAAUGCCCUGCUCCCCUCCUGGGACGAGACUUAUUAACCAAACUGGGGGCAAAAAUCUCCUUUGAGCCCCAAGGACCUCAGGUGACAUUCCGUAACCCAAAGGUUGGGCAACCCAUGGUUACAGUGUUAUCUCUAAAAUUGGAAGAUGAGUAUAGGCUCUAUGACCACCGAGACCCCCAGCCCAUCACCCCUGCCUGGCUAACUGAUUUUAAAGACUCCUGGGCCGAGACAGCUGGGCUCGGGCUGGCAAUCCAGCAACCGCCUGUAGUGGUCACUCUAAAAGCCACUGCCUCCCCUAUUCGAGUUAAACAAUAUCCCAUUAAUAGAGAAGCUCACCUAGGGAUCAAGGUACACAUACAGAGACUUUUAGACCAAGGGGUAUUGACUCCUUGUUGGUCUGCAUGGAAUACUCUGCUGCUCCCGGUCAAAAAGCCCGGGGCAAAUGACUACAGACCGGUAGAGGACUUGACGGAGGUCAACAGCAGGGUGGAGGACAUUCACACCACCGUACCCAAUCCUUAUAAUCUCCUCAGCGAUAGCCAGCCCUUGUUUGCGUUUGAAUGGACGGACCCCGAGACUGGGUCCACCAGACAAUUGACCUGGACGCGCCUCCCACAGGGCUUCAAAAAUAGCCCGACCAUCUUUGAUGAGGCUCUACACAAGGAUUUAGCCCCCUUUCGGGCUCAACACCCGAACCUCAACCUCCUUCAAUAUGACAAGAUAACUUUUGGACCCCCGGUGACUCUCAACCCGGCGACCCUGCUGCCGGAAGAAGCUCCGGAACCCAUCCUCCAUACCUGCCAGGACAUCUUGGCAGAAGAGGCCGAACGGUAUGCGGGGGCGGCUGUGACUGAUCAUUCCAAUGUUAUCUGGACAGCCAGACUAGAGGACGGGUCCUUGGCCCAAAAGGCCGAACUGAUCGCUUUGACUAAGGCUCUGGAGCUCGCCAAAGGAAAGCGGGCAAACAUUUACACGGAUAGCCGAUAUGCUUUUGCAACGGCCCACAUCCAUGGGGCCAUAUACCGCCAACGGGACUUCUGA